CUUCAGUCAAUAAUCUCUGAUCUCAAGAAACAUACACGUAUACAAACCGGCGAGAAACCAUUUAAAUGGGAUGUCUGUAAGAAACAUUCUGCCAAUAAAAUAAUCUCAAGAAACACGCACGCAUACAUAUUGGUAGGUAAAUGCUCUAUGAAGGUAAGUUUACAACUAGCUUUGUGACAAGAGUUGGAAAUUUCAAAUUUGAUUUGUUUGCCUCUUAAAACGCAGUUUACCUCCACGCUGCGAAUUAUCUCCAUAUCUGGCAAUCACUCGUUAUCACACCCACUUUGCACCACGUCAUCGCACAUCUGGCUAUUGGCAUUUCUGCGUUAUCAUUAGUCGUUCAGUUUGCACUUUGCACUUUGCUUUAAAAUCACAAUUAUUUUAAAUACAAGCUAAGUUUUGGUUAUGAUAAAUAUUAUAUAAGAUUUAUUUUUGUAAAACUGAAUUUCUGUAAAUCAUCACUAGUUAAAUUAUAUUUACGCGCUAAAGGUACAAUUCGUUAUCAGUAUUGUUGCCACGGGUGCGAUUCGUGAGAAUCUCUAGAUUUUAAUCAUGAUAACGUGGUCGAAUUCUGUGAUAGGUACCUAACAUAUUGCCUCGUGUUUCGUGUAACAAUUUGCGUUACAAUAAUGUUUCGUCUUGACUGUUAAUCAUUGAUUAUUAAUUUUUAGUAGCAGCGGUGUACGGUUCUACGUUUUGUACGGUUCUACGUUGUGUACGGUUCUACGUUGUAGUUUUCAAGUGAUAUGUUGCAAAUUAAACAUGAAAAUGAUGGAGCAAUCGUAUGAAUUCAUUGAACCUAAACCAUUAGAUGUGCAGCUCAUAAAUAAUGAAUUUUCUACAACAGAGGAGGAUUUAGUAAAAAAUAAAGUCGUCAAUAGUUGACGACUUAAUGAUAUUCAUUUUUCGUGUAAAGCGACCGAUACCUCAAACAAUACAAAAACCAUGGAUUGCAGUUUGAACAAAACUACAGGAAACGAUUCUGAGAAAAACAUACACAAAAUACGUCGGUUCGACUGCAAUAUAUGUCAAAGAAGGUUUACAACCAAAAUUAAUAUAAUCCGGCAUAUUGCGAAAUCGCAUUCCAGUACUUCCAUUGGAAAGGAAACACCUCGAAAAAAUAAAGUCAAUCAUCGUAACAGCAAAAUCAAAGAAAAUACUCGAAACAAAGAUGGCCUAUUUAAUUGUGGUAUUUGUUUGAAAACUUUUUCAUUAAAAUCAAGCCUGAGAAGACAUUGGCGCGUUCAUACCGGGGAGAAACCCUUUAAAUGCGAUAUCUGUGAAAAAACAUUUGGUAGACAAUCUUACCUCAAAACUCAUGAACGCAUACACACCGGAGAGAAACCUUUUAAAUGCAAUGUCUGUGAAAAAACAUUUGGUGUUCAGUCUUCACUCAACACUCACGAAAGAACACAUACCGGCGAGAAACCAUUUAAAUGCAAUUUAUGUGAAAAAACAUUUUGUCAACAGUUUGAUCUCAAGAAACAUGCACGUAUACAUACCGGAGAGAAACCCUUUAAAUGCGAUGUCUGUAAAAAAUGUUUUAAUAGACAAUCUAACCUCAAAACCCAUGAAAGAACACAUACCGCCGAGAAACCAUUUAAAUGCCGUGUCUGUGAAAAAGCGUUCAUUCAACAAUCUAACCUCAAGAGACAUGCACGUAUACAUACUGGCGAGAAACUAUUUAAAUGCGUUGUCUGUGAAAAAACAUUUCGUCAACAAUCUCACCUCAAGAGACAUGCAAGUAUACAUUCCGGCAAGAAACCGUUUAAAUGCGAUGUCUGCGAAAAAACAUUCAUUCAACAAUCUGAUCUCAAGAACCAUGCACGUGUACAUACCGGCGAGAAACCGUUUAAAUGCGAUGUCUGUGAAAAAACAUUCAGUCAAAAGUCCUAUCUCAUAAUUCAUGAACGCAUACAUAUUGGGGGGGUACGAUACAAAUGCUCAGCCUGUGACAAAUCGUAUGGUCGCCAAGAUACUCUCAAAAGGCAUCAAGCAAAAGCACACGGCUCAUAGAUUCACAAACCUUACGUGGCUAUUUGGCAGUUUUAAAAUAGUUUUUCAAAAUAAAUUUGUUAUUAUUUUGCAAUUUUUUUUACUUACGAUUUAAUUCAGAUUUAAUAUACUUUAAUUAGUUUUCUUAUAUAUUUUUUUUUAACUUUCAUAAUCUACACAUGCAAUAUGUUAAAAAAUAUUGUUACUAUUCUUAAUUUUUAUUAUAAAAUGUUAGUAGUCUUUUUUAGUUACUGAUGGUUUUUAAGAAAAAUGGUUUAUAAUAUAUGUUAAU